AGUCUGGACACACAUCUUAGAAUCAGCCCUUCAACAAAACAGCAACAUGUUACACACGUUGAAAUCCACAUAAAUCUCAGUCGCCUGUGCUCUUUUUUUUUUCCUCUCCACACAAGUCACCCAAGAGUGCGGCCGUGUUUGACAUUUAGGAUGCUGACCGCCUAACAUAGGAACAAAAGGAAGAAGAGAAGGAGCUGAAGGCAGACAAGAACUUGAGAAGAAGAGGAGAGGUAGCUGUGCUGCUCAAAGCAGCUAGCUUCUCAGUACAUGAAAGAGGAGAUGAUCAAGGGAGACUCAAAGCAGCUAGCUUCUAUGUACAUGAAAGAGGAGAUGAUCAAGGGAGAGAGGCAGCUUGGAACCCAUGAAGAUCGGUUAAAAGACGAGGUUAUAAAAGAUGGCGAUAAAAUUUCAGAUGGCAAUUUUUUCAAGUCCUUGCAAAACAUAUCAAGCACAAAGGAGGAGGUGUGUUCACCAGGCCCAAUAGAAAGAUCAUGUAUGGACUCAUCAUUGCUAAACAUGAAAGCUCAAAAUAAGGGUCAGGAUGAUAAGCUUGAAUCAACAAGGGCAGAAAUGGGUGAAGUACGAGAAGAGAACGAGAGGCUCAAGACGUUGCUGUCGCGCAUCUCACACGACUAUAGAUCUCUUCAGACGCACUUCUAUGACGUUCUUCAGCAAGGCCGAGCUAAGAAGCUCCCAGACUCUCCGGCCACCGACAUCGAGGAGCCUGAACUCGUCUCUCUGAGACUUGGAACGAGCACGAGCAAAUGCAAGAAGGAAGACAAGAGUACCACCAGUAGCGAAGUCAAAGGGAGUACUGAAGAUUUUCUGAAGAUCAAAGGAGGUCUCUCUCUUGGAUUAUCAGACUGCAGAGUUGAUGCUAAUAACAGUGAGAAGGUACAGCCGGAUGUGAUGACGUUGAGCCCUGAAGGCAGCUUUGAGGAUGCUAGGGAUGACACCGCAGAGACCACAGAGCAAUGGCCACCAAGCAAAAUGCUGAAGAAUUUGAGGAGCGUCGGCGCGGAAGCCGAGGAUGACAUAGCUCCUCAGCCACAGGUCAAGAAGGCUAGGGUUUCAGUGAGAGCGAGAUGUGAUGCGCCAACGAUGAAUGAUGGAUGCCAGUGGAGAAAGUAUGGGCAGAAGAUUGCGAAGGGGAACCCGUGCCCGCGCGCCUACUACCGGUGCACCGUGGCAGCAGGAUGCCCAGUCAGGAAGCAGGUGCAGCGAUGCGCGGAUGACAUGUCCAUCCUCAUCACCACCUACGAGGGCACGCACAACCACCCGCUCUCCGUCUCCGCCACCGCCAUGGCCUCCACCACCUCCGCCGCCGCCUCCAUGCUCAUCUCCGGCUCCUCCUCCACCUCUCUCGCCGCCUACCCCGCCGCCGCCGCGUCGCCGGCCCUCGCAUUCGACGCCUCCUCCAAGCCGCCCCUCAUCGGCGGCCGCCCGUUCUUCCUCCCGACCGCCGCCGCCGCCGCCAUCACCUCCACCCCUUCCUACCCCACCAUCACCCUCGACCUCACCUCGCCGGCCGCCGCCGCCACCUCCUCCCACGCCGCCUUCUCCCUCAGUAACAGGUUCUCGCACACCAGGUACCCUUCCACCGGCUUCACCUUCUCCGGCUCCGGCCCGAGUAGCGCGCCAUGGCCGGGGUACUUGAGCUACGGGGCGUCGCUAUCCGCUCACCCGUACAACGCCGGCGGCGGCAAGAGCUCGUCGUCGUUCGAGGCUGCGCUGAGCAGCAUCAACGGAAGCAGGCAGCAGGGCGGCGGCGGCGGUGGCGGCUCGGCGCCGCCGCUCUACCAGAUGCAGCAGAAGGCGGCGGCGGCGGCGCCGCCGCCGCCGAGCGUGAUCACCGACACGAUCGCGAAGGCGAUCACGGCGGACCCGAGCUUCCACACGGCGCUGGCGGCCGCCAUCACGUCGUACGUCGGCAAGAAGGGCUCGCCGCCGGCGUCGGGAGGAGAGGACAGCAAGGUCGGGCUCAAGUGGGGGGAGCACCUCGGGCUCGGGCUGACCCACUCGUCGCUGUCGACGGCGGCGGCGGCGGCGGCGAGCUCGAGCAGCCAGAUGUUCUUGCAGCCAUCGCUGGGGUUAUCAGGAUCGACGACGAGUGCGUCGACGUCUCCUGUGGCGAACAGAGAGCAAGCACAUUAAUUAAUUAGCUGAAGAUAUACAUAUACUUAUGCUCAUCAUUUGAAUCCAUUGGAACAUUUUUGGGAUUUGAUCACAAUUUGGUGUAGAUAUGCAGGGGCAAUAUAUACUUGUGUCACAAUGUUGAUUAGUGUGUGUCAUAAGAGGGAAUCAUCUUGACUAUAUAGGAUACAGGAAUUGUUUUGAUUAACUGUAAACAACAUGUAAUUGUGUUUUCCUCCCCUCCCUUUUUUUUGAGUUAGCCAAAGAUGAAUGAACAUAUGAUACAUGGACAAAUAAGUGACUCAGAAAGUACAAUUCAGAUCUUCAUUAUUUGCAGAAA